AUGACAUCAAUAAAACCAUUUCAAAUGGAAGAUCUAUUUGAAUUGAACCCAGUUAACUUAGACCCAUUAACGGAAAACUUCAAUGUAUCAUUCUAUUCCCAAUACUUAAUUGAAUGGCCACAAUUGUUUUAUAAAUCUGUUGAAACUCCAUAUGAUCAAGCUAGCGGAUAUAUGAUGGCAAAAACAGAAGGUCAAUUAUCGAAAAAGGAAUGGCACACGCAUAUCACUGCAGUGACAGUUCUGGAUCAAUACCGUAGAAUUGGAUUAGCUUCGAAAUUAUGUCUUGAAUUGGAAAAUUUAACUCAAGUCAAAGACACGUUAUUCAUUGAUUUAUUUGUCAAAGUGACCAAUACUUUGGGAAGAAUAUUAUACGAAAAACUCGGGUAUAGUGUCUUUAGAAGAGUCGUGGGAUAUUAUGGUCGAGAGAUGCACAUUGAUCGAAAUAAGAUUGAUGACUCCGUGGAUGCUUUUGAUAUGAGGAAACUGUUGCCCCGAGAUGUAAAUAAUGAGACCGUUAGAGAAAACGGGGAGAAAGUGUACGUGCUACCGAAUGAAGUAGUUUUUUAG